CGGCCUGGGAGUCCUUGCGUGCCCCCUCGUGCUGCUCCCGCUCCCGGCGGACUCCGCAUGGCUGCCGCCUGCGGCUCGCUCCCUGAUGGGCCUCGCAGGACCUGCUCCGGGCGGCCGCACGCACAGGCGUGGACGCAAGCAAAGGCUACCAAGAGAAAGCACCCAGUGUCCGGUGAGGCUCCACCAGCCAAACGGAGGCAUGGAGCAUCCUCUCUCUCAGCCAAGAAAACCAGUAGCAAAGAGACUCAGAGGACGUAUAAAGGGAGCGCACACAAAACGCUUUCUCCGAAGAAAUUUUUGGAUGGUCCAGGCAGUGGAAAGCGAGAGGAGAAACCAUGCAUCAAAACUUCAUCGCUGUUCAAAAACAACCCUGAGAUCCCAGAACUCCACAGACCUGUGGUGAAGCAGGCGAGGGAACAAGUGUUCGCUCCAGAGGCGUUCCAUGAGCUGGGCCUCCACCCGCAUCUAAUUUCUACUAUAAAUACAGUGUUGAGACUGUCCAGCAUGACCAGCGUUCAGAAGCAGAGCAUCCCGGUGCUGCUGGAAGGCAGAGAUGCCCUUGUGCGGUCCCAGACAGGCUCAGGUAAAACUCUGGCCUACUGCAUCCCUGUGGUCCAGUCUCUUCAAGGACUGAAGUCAAAAAUACAGCGCGGUGACGGCCCCUACGCUCUGGUUCUAGUGCCAACUAGAGAGUUGGCCCUACAGAGCUUUGACACUGUCCAGAAACUGCUUAAGCCAUUCACCUGGAUUGUACCUGGAGUGCUGAUGGGCGGAGAGAAGAGGAAGUCUGAGAAGGCCAGACUCCGCAAAGGAAUAAAUAUCCUUAUCUCAACUCCCGGACGUCUAGUGGAUCAUAUAAAAUCCACAAAGAACAUUCACUUUGGCCGGAUCCAGUGGCUGGUUUUGGAUGAAGCAGACAGGAUCUUGGACUUGGGUUUCGAGAAGGACAUCACGGUGAUCUUGAAUGCUGUAAAUGCCGAGUGUCAGAAACGGCAGAACGUCCUGCUGUCGGCGACACUCACAGAAGGUGUAACACGGCUGGCUGACAUCAGUUUGCACAAUCCAGUCAGUAUAUCUGUCCUGGAUGAAAGCUGUGACCAACCCAACCCUAAGGAAACUGCUUCUCCACAAACUGGCACCUGGCUGGACAGCUUUGCCAUACCAGAGAGCCUCGACCAGCAUGUGACGUUGGUGCCCAGCAAGCUGCGCUUGGUCUGCCUUGCAGCAUUCAUCCUGCAGAAGUGCAAGUUUGAGAAGGGCCAGAAGAUGAUCGUCUUUUUCUCCAGUUGCGAGCUGGUGGAGUUCCACUACAGCCUCUUCCUCCAUACCCUGCUGAGUCACUCCAGGGUCCCCACUUCAGAGCAGCCACCAUCUGCCUCCUUGCCAUUGAAAUUCCUACGGCUGCAUGGCAACCUGGAACAGGAGGAAAGAACAGCUGUGUUUCAGGAAUUCUCCCAGUCCAGAACAGGCGUCCUGCUCUGCACGGAUGUUGCAGCUCGAGGCUUAGAUCUCCCGCAAGUCACGUGGAUUGUUCAGUACAAUGCUCCAUCUUCACCUGCUGAAUACAUCCACCGGAUUGGAAGAACUGCUCGGAUUGGCUGCCGUGGGAGCAGCCUGCUCAUUUUGGCUCCUUCGGAGGCAGAAUAUGUCAACUCGUUGGCUUCUCACAAAAUCAACAUUUCUGAAAUCAAGAUGGAAGAUAUUUUGUCUGUCCUGACAAGGGAUGAUUGUUUUAAAAGGAGGAAGGGGGCAGCCCAGAAAUCCCAUGCUGUUGGCCCCCAGGAAAUACGUGAGCGAGCCACAGUCUUGCAGACAGUGUUUGAAGAUUAUGUGCACUCCAGUGAGAAGACAGUCUCCUGGGCGAAGAAAGCUCUGCAGUCUUUCAUCCGAGCCUAUGCCACCUACCCCAGAGAGCUGAAGCCCAUCUUCCAUGUCCGAUACCUCCACCUUGGGCACAUAGCUAAGAGCUUCGGGCUAAGAGAUGCUCCCAGAAAUCUCGGUGUCUCAGCUGUGAAGAGGAGGAAGGCACACGUGAAAAGGCCUGACCCUUGGAAGAAGACCCCGGGUAAGCACCGCCUUGCAGUCGGCGAACUCCUGCGCUCAGAAUACUCAAGUGGGCUGGAGGCUGGAGGUGCCAAGGGCGGAAAGCGAGGCAGACAACAGCCAGCGCCCAGCAAACAGAGGCCAUGGGAGAGACGAAGCUGCUCCCAGCACCAAGACGACCCAGGAAGGCCGACCCAGGGGCCCCAAGCUUCUUGGAAAGGUUUUUAAACCUCUGCAGGACUGGAUCCAGGUGGAUCCAAGAUUAAGAGGCUCAGUGGGUCUGGAUUGAUGAUCUCAUCAGUGAAGCUUCUGGAAAGAACUGUUUUGACACCUCCCCAAAUACAGGCUCACAGGAAUUACAGAUCCUCUCUCCUGUCAGAGCAAGAGCCCUGACAGAGACCAGCACGCAGGUGCCAUUGACUAGCCUUCCUUUGAGAAAGGAGAAUUGCAUCUGCUCCAUCAGGGACAGUCACCCACCAAUCAGGGUCUCUAACCAGAUUAUACACAGGGACAAUGUCUUGUGCAUCAGCCUGGAAGGUUUGGCUUUUGGCAAGCCUGCCAGCCGCAGCGGACUGCCCGUGUAUUGGCACGAGUGUAGUAAGAUGGGAUGUUAGAAACGAACUGGACUCAUGCAAAAGGAGAAAAAGCGUUUGUCAGAGAGCUAUUUUCUUAAUGUCCGAAUGUUAUGAAGGACCAAGAAAGGUUUCUGGUCUGGGUCAAAAAUCCCAACGUGUGUAUGUGUGUGCUCGUGCAUGUGGUGGUGGCGGGUUGCUGCUUUUCUUCAGUAAACAGGGACAUGGCAUGGCAUCAGUGUGCUUUGCCACCCCUUUCAUGUCCGCAGAAAAUCCGCUUUUUCAGGGCUAAUUGAUUUACUGUUGCCUUUUUAUUAUUUGCCUUUGAAGUCAAAACGCACCAGAGCCUGAGCUUUUUUUCCCAUCGCAGCCUGUCUUGUCUUGAAGAAAGGUCCGGGGUCUUUGUGUUGUGACCUAGACCCAGAAGCACCCACCCCCACCAUUGUGUUUCUGGGAGGUUUGAAAGCGGACCCCUGGAGCGUAUUGAUUUCCCAAUAAAUGUAAGAUUUGGACAUCACAGAGGGGCCCACAAGAGAGGGUUAAAGUGCAGCCCAGUCUGUCCCUGCACUGUUCUGUUCCCUGCUUUCCUCUGUGUGCCAGGCCCACCUUGGCUCUCCAAGGUGGCCCUGGGGCAAGUACCACAACGUACUUUGUUAGGCCCGCCCCAGAUGCAUGUGACUGACAGCCAGAAGGAUGGGAGGUGGAGGGGCCCAGGCUGUCUCAGGGAAGCAUGGCACUUGAACACCUACACUAGGAAGAGAUCUGUGCAGAGGGUGGGUUGUCUAGAGGCACUGUUGUGAAAUCUGGAUCAUUUAAACCUGCAGCAUGUGUGAAACUGGACAAAGCUGCCCUUUUGAUUUAUAAUAGCUCACAUGGUUUUGGUGGGAAAGAAGGGAUCAAAUUAUGUAGCUGUGUGAGACAGGAUUAGUGCUGGAAUGGCCGUGUAGAAAGCCUUGUGCUCUUCCCCGAGCUGAAGGUCCAGUUGUAGCACUCUGUUCCUGGGGAAGAAGUGCUAGAGCUUGCUGAAGUGUAAGCAACCUUAAUUCUAAGAUUAAAGCUUAGACACGUGCAAUGUGCUAACUUUUAAGUGAGGGUAUCUUGCCAGAGAUGCUGUGUGUGGCUCUGCUGCUGAGUAAAAUGAAUAUAUUACCCAGUUAGUAAGGAAACAGGGAACUUAGCAGAUCUAGAGUUGAUAUUACCUAAAUUUAAACAACCUUAAAAUAAACCUCUCAUGGAUCUUGACAGCUUGUACAUUGAGUGUCAGUCAGGCACAGUGGUAGCCAAACUCCAGCGUACGUUUCUAAUUUUGUAUUUUUAAUCAUACCUUUUCUAAUUUUGCGGACUUACUAUUUUUUAUGACAUCAUCCUGGUUGCCAAAUUGAAGUCUCAGAAAAUUUAGACAUUGACUGGAAUGUUCUGGCCUAGAGCUUUGUCCCCCGUGGGAAUGGUUUUUGGAAUCCAGAGCCUUCCAGCUGCUCUCUGUGAAGAGUCGGGGUCUCGAGCCUGGAAGGGCAGAAAGUCCUCUGUAGGCGCCCCCUGCAUCUCCACUCCCACAGAUGCCAGGGCCUGGCGUAGCCCAGACAAGAACAUUUUGGAUAGCCAGUGUGCUGCUUUGAAAUGUUUACUCCCAGGGGUGAAAGGGAAGAGAAAAGUAAAUGUCCACCCUGCACUUCACAGCCAGCAGAAGCCAUCAAAAUCCAACCACCACUCCCAGACACAGAAACUUAAGGCUUUUCCUGGGAGAAGUCUCCCUGAUGGGAAAAAUAUGCUUAACUGGUCUUGCUAAAGUUACUGGGUAACCAUUAAACUUUCUCAAUCCCCUCCACCAUGGGAAAAAUUGAGAGCCGAGCUGUGGGAGUGGUGGGGCCCCCUUGAAAAGGCAGCUCAGGUCUCUGAAGUCUUGCAGCUGAGGGCCAGCUGGAGGAAGAACAAACCGUUUCUUGGAUGUCUUUGACCCCACCCUGUGGAGUCCAGAUUUUGAAGGGGAAUGGGUAGAUGGGAGAGCCUCCAUUGUUUGGUCUGCUGGGGGUCCAUGGUCAUUCUUUUUCUUUUUUUUCUCUGUUUUAAAUGAGCUCACCCAGCCCCAGGGUUAGGAACAGAAAAACCAAUUUAGCCUUCUAAAUGGAUGGGAAGCCCACCUCACUGCAGAGGUUGUGAAGUUAUUAUUACAGAUGGGAUGUGCAGGACAAUUUAAAAUAUUGUAAUUAUAAACUUGUAGGGAA